CAUGCUGUCACCCUGCAGAAAUUUCCAGAAACGAUCACACGUCGCCUUUCGGCUGGGCAGCCUGUGAAGGUUUUAAAUAUAAGCGGCGGCGAUUGACCAAAGAAAACAGCCUUCGCGGCCUUUGCUUCUUGGUUUCUCCGGGGCAACCCGAAACCUCGCCGGCGAUGGCCGCCCGCACCGUCUGGACCGCGUCGCCGCCCCACGCCCGGUGCUCUCCUUUCGUGCCCUCCCCUGCUCGACCAUUGCGCUCGACUCUCCUCGGGCGCUCUCCCCGCCGUUUCUCCUCCUCGAGGCUCGCCGUCUCCGCCCCCGGGAGGGCACUGACCAUCGUCGCCGCUACCAAGAAGGCGGUCGCCGUCCUGAAGGGCAGCUCCCAGGUCGAGGGCGUCGUCACCCUCCUCCAAGAAGACAACGGUCCCACAACUGUAAAAGUUUGUGUUUCUGGACUCACACCUGGACCUCAUGGCUUCCAUCUUCAUGAGCAUGGGGACACUACCAAUGGGUGCAUCUCAACAGGGGCGCAUUUCAACCCUAACAACAUGACCCAUGGUGCUCCAGAAGACCAAAUCCGUCAUGCAGGUGACCUGGGAAACAUAAUUGCAAACUCUGAUGGAGUGGCUGAGGCAACAAUUGUAGAUAACCAGAUUCCACUGAGUGGACCUAAUGCAAUUAUUGGAAGAGCAUUUGUGGUUCAUGAACUUCAGGAUGAUCUGGGAAAGGGAGGGCAUGAACUUAGCCUUACCACUGGAAAUGCGGGAGGGCGAUUGGCAUGUGGUGUUGUUGGGUUGACUCCAGUUAUGUGAUUUAUUGAUGUUUUGAAGUCAACUUUGAGUUGCUGCGGACAAUGUGUUUUUUGGAGUUAGGUGCAAGGAACAAGUAAUAUGGAAGGCAACUAGGCAUAAUCUCAAGUAUCUUUUCAAUAAAUCCUUUUGUUAUAAAUGCUUGUAACCUAGUGAAAGUUGGACUUAGAGUCCUGAUUCAGAGUUAAUUUAAGCCAGUCUGGUUUCUUUUGUACUCAUAUUAAUACAUCAAGACUUAUGAUUGGCCAGGUCAAUAAAAAUAAAAUAAAACUCAUCAAAAUGCUAUUGGCAUGACAUUUGGAUUGAUAAAA